UCGAAGCUGCGAGGAGUAGUGUGUGUGAGUAAGCUGCCGGAUCAACAAACUCCUAUUUCACUUGUGUUUUCGGUGCGACUCUUUUCAAGACAAUAUGCUCCUGUUUUGUCCCACGUGUGGAAAUGUGCUGAUUGUAGAGGAAGGUCAGAAGUGCUACCGAUUCGCCUGCAGCACUUGUCCUUACGUGCAUAACAUUACCAGGAAGGUGAAUAACAGAAAGUAUCCGAAGCUGAAGGAGGUGGACGAUGUGCUGGGCGGAGCGGCUGCCUGGGAGAACGUGGACUCCACGCCUGAAAAAUGCCCGAAGUGCGAGCACCCACGAGCGUACUUCAUGCAGAUCCAGACCCGAUCCGCGGACGAGCCCAUGACCACCUUCUACAAGUGCUGCAACCAACAAUGCGGCCACCGUUGGAGGGAUUGAGCUGUAGACCGGGGUCGGAGCCGUCAGCCAGACGCCAGAGAACCGCCCCUUUGUGUUUGUGUAUCAGGACUGAAAUACAGACCGCCGAUGUAGUGACUCAUGUGAGUCAUGAACAUCUGUGGACUUCGCACUUUAAUAUGAAGUUAAAAAUGAUCGAAUUUAGUGUUUCGUAGUAAUCAAAUCAGUGCUUAUGUACAGCAGUUUCGCCGAUAGGGCUGAGCAGGUCAUUUUUUUUUCUUUCAGUUUUUAUGUGGUUUGCUAGACCGAUUGACUUUUAUAAACGACUGCUCUGGGGAAAAGCACACCUUGGCUUACAAGGAAUGAAGCGAUUUCUUAUGUUCUCUAAUCACUAACUUUAUUAAAGAGACAGAAAAAAAUGUA